AAUAGCAUAUCCGUUAUCAUUCAAUGCGUUGGAUUUUAUAAUAAUAAAUAUUUAUUGGUAGAAAUCAUGCCGACUCUAACACACAUUUUAUUUAGAAGACCAUCAAGUUUUCAGAAAAGAGGGCAACUACCUAGAGCCCCAAAGGCAAGAAUUGCGGGCGUUCCUGUUCUUCGCAAUAAAAUUGGAGUCAAGAAUAUCACUGACUUUGAGGGUCAUUGCAAUGAAGCAAUGCAGAACAUGUUGUCAUGUCUAAAGAAAGCAGCAUUUGACGACAAAACUUGUGUUGCUGAGAUCCUGAGUUACAAUUCCUGCAUGGAAAGAGCAAUAGAAAGGGAGAGGGUUAAAAAGACUACGAAGUUCGAUAUAGAUCAAAACAAAACGGAAGGAGAUCGCAUAAGAUACCCACCACCCGUGAUCAACAAAGUAAUGGCCAGAUCUCCAGUUGCUAAAUUCAAAAGUUUCAAAGACGUCAAAUAACAAAGGUAAUCAGGUUUCAUUGUCUGAAUGGAGAGCGUGUAAAAAUGUUUCUGGCGUAUGUUAUUUUUUUUAAUCUGCAUUAAAAUGUAAUGUAUGUAUGUAUAUAAAAUUGUUCUUGUUUUUCUCUGCCUUAAGAAAUGCCGAAUCGGAUAUUUUUACAUUUAGGGACUUAAGCUACUUCGAA